GAUAUUCUUCCAAAAUACGAUGUGUUCAGCUACAAUCUGACGAUCAACAGGAGCUAUUGGCCACUGGCCCGAACUAACCAUUCCACUAUUGAUACAGGGUGCGGAAGCUGAAAAUACCAUAGCCAAUCAGAAGAUCGAUUGCCACCGAACAUGUUCGUGUUAUCCAACAUGGCAAUAAUGAACCAUAUCAGAUGGGGAGUAUUCCAGCGGCUAAUUGAUCAGCAUAGCCACGCUGUCUAUGGCUGGAUAGAAGAUCAGAGUCACGGUAAAGGAUUCAAAGAAAAUCCCUCACCUUCAACAUGAACUCGCUAUCUGCGGCUGUUUAGGUUAAUGUACUUUGUCUGCUGAUAGUACCUCGCUGUCUGUAAGAAAGCCAUAUAAGAUCUUCCAUUCUCUCUAUUUCCCUUCUUGCAAUCCAACCCAGUCAACCCGGCUUAUAAGCCUUUUUAUAUAUUAAUCACGAUGAAGCUGGCCACCCUCCUGGCCGUGUUCCUUGCCGGAACAACCUUUGCCGCUGUUGAAAACAUCGGCCUAUCCAGGGAUCAUGUGACAUGCGAUGGCACGAGGUAUACCAGUGACGAUAUUGAAAUCGCUGCCAACGCUGCAUUGGCGCUACACAAUGCCAAAAGGAGAAUUGGGCCCCAUCCAGCUGGAGACCGCCGAAACUAUCCCCAUCGAUUCUACAACGACGAGAACCUUGCUCUAGCUCCGGCCUGCGUCGGAGGAAAUGCAUUGGAAGAAUUCCCGCUUACUCGCACUUACCGGUACACUGGAGGGGAGGCGAGAACCCAACGAGUAGUCGUCAACUACGUCAACGCGAAUGAUGUGCGACUCUGCGCGGUCAUGUUCCAUCGGCAGAGCGAUGGCAGAUUUAUAGCAUGUAAUUGGAGGAAUCCUGCAAGACUCGAAUUGGUGUAAUUUUUGAAUCUAGUCAUAAACCCAACAGGUGCAGGGAAGAGAUAGAGUUCACAGAUAAGACAACAUCAGAGUCAAUCUACAUCUUAUCACGGCGAUUUGGCCUCGAAAUUCGCAGGCCCCGCCCAGAUCCUCAAUCUCUUUCCAAAACACUGAACCCCCACGAGUAUUAGAAAGGCACCUCCCACAACGCCCGUCAUCGUUCCAAACUGUCUCUUCGCUCCCUGCUUCUCUGACCAUUCCACCAUGAAAUAACUCACGAUGAAGCCUCCCACUGUCCGACCGAAACUAACCCACGCUGCUACUUCGCCACUGGCUUCCGGGUAUGAAUGUAGAAGAUAUGCGCUGAUAGCGACCGUGACGUUGAGAAUGCCGAAGACAAAACAACCCCAGCCCAACGAGACCAACAUAUAGUGAUACCCGUUUUCCAGGGCGAACCCGAGCAGAAUCAAACCGGCGAUCAUGAAUGGCGCCACUACCCAGAUGGCGAACAGACGAUGUU